AUGAAGUCAGAGGAGGGCAUUCAACCGGAGCGGCCACACCACCGCGAUGCCAACGCCCUCAGCACUGAGGACUUGCGCUCUGAGAUGGUGCGAUACGGCAUUCCAGCCCACGAAAGCGUGCCCAACACGUUAGUGAUCCUCCAAAAGAAGUUUGACGACGAGUUUUCCAUGCACAUGACGGCGUACACCAAGUUUAUGGAGCGCUACAACCGCAAGAAGUCCCAAGCAGACUUGGAGUCCAAGAUGGCUCGAGACGACGCCGACGACGCCGACGCGUUUGCGCACAACCCCAAGAUCCAAAUCCUCGUUGAACAGAUUGUCGCCAACAACACCCACGACACGCUCAUGGUGCGCGGUCUGAACGACGCGUCGGCCCGGGCGGUGCUGCGGGUGCUGGGACUGAAUCAAUCGGUGGUGUCCCUGGACUUAAGCAACAACGGGCUGGGGGAAUCGGUGGUCACGGACGUUGCUCGCAUGUUGCGUACCAACAAACGGGUGGCCAGCGUUGACUUGAGCUCGAACCGGUUGAAUGCCAAGUGCAUGCAUGAAUUGGCGGCCGCGCUCACCGACAACACGGUGCUCACGUCGUUGAGUUUGGAAGGCAACCCGAUCACGACCCACGGCAACACGAGCGACUUGAGUGGGUUCGAAGCACUCUGUGGAUACAUCUCGAGCACGACAACAUUGGAGUCUUUGAAUUUGUUUCGUACGGGGCUCAACAUCGAAGCCGGUCGCAUCUUGGCGAAAUCGUUGCUCUUCAACGAGUCCGUGUACUUUUUGGAGCUAGGAUGCAACGCGUUGGCGGACAAGGAGCUCGAAGUUAUCGCGGUGCAAAUGGGCGAAAACCGACAGCUCCACGACGACAUGGCGUCCAAAUUGUUUGGGAAACGACAAAUGAUUCAGGCCGAAGCCAAAGCCCGCGCCGCCGACCAUGCUUUGGAGCGACUCAAGAUUGAGACCCAGGAAUGGCAUGCGGCGAACGCGGUCGAGCGCCGCGUGCAGCAUGAGAUCGACCGCGUGGCCGACAAGAAGCGGCAGGACGCAGAGGACGCGCGGCUGCGCAAGAUCGCGGCGGAUCGAGACAUGGAGCGGCGUCUGGCCAUGGAGGAUGCGCGGCUCAAAGCCGAAGCCAAGGCCAAAAAGAAGAAAAAGUAGCCACGACUACUGUACUUGUUCGUUGAUAUACUAAUGGAUCGAAGAAACGGGA